AUGCUAUACAAAUUGUUAAUAUUACCAGUCCCAGUUUACAGCCAAUUUCGAUACGACUACUCAUACAAUGCGAAGGUGGGAGGUUGGAUGAAGAUGCACACCAUGCCUCUUACAUUCUUUGAUGCGUUCAGAAUGUGCAACGCUGAAGGUCAACCAUUGCACGAAGCAGGCUAUUCAAACUUUUCUCAAGGACAACCGGAUAACGAUAGAACUUACGACAGCACUGGGUCGCAUUGUGGUGGUAUAUUCCGUAAUGGUUUACUAGACGACCUGUGGUGUACCGGUCACAUCGUACCAUUUAUCUGCGAAAAGAGGCCUGACAGCUUGAUCACAGAAGAUGAGGAGCUAUGA